AUGUUUAAAAUUUGGGUGAUUUGUGUUUUAUUGUGCGAAUUUGCACAGAUACACUGUUUGGAAUAUGUUGAUAAUGGACAAUACGAUUCAGGAAAUCCGGUGUCGCAGAAGCAGCUAUGCACUCCUUGCAAUCAAAACCCUUGGAUACCAAUCACGUCUUACCACAACAAAAAUAAAGUCAUAGCUUACGUUCAUCCAAAGUUCUAUGAUCAACAGAACAAAGAAUACGGAAUGAAGAACUUGAGGCAGUAUUUCCCUAAACUGGAGUAUCCAAAACCGAACUUGUUGCCACCCAGUAGCCAAGUUCUUUACAGCAACAACAACAACAACAACUACCUUCUGCCCAGGCCAACCAAUAACGUGAAGUUGAACAAUCAGCAGCAUUUCGUUAAGCAAGAUUACUACGUCCCUCAGAGUUCGAAUAUUAUUAACAAUGUCCAAUUAAAUCAGCACAUCGCUUUUCAACAACCGCAGCAUCCUGAUCUCGUCAAGUACAGAGCAUUCAUUAGUAAGGCACUUCCACCGCGCAUCAAUUACGGCCCGCCAUUUAGGGCAACUCUGAACUACCAGAAAAUGCAAUUAACGAAUUUGAACCAGCUUAUGCCGCCACCGCAGGAAGUUAACUUCAAUUAUCAGCUUCCAUUGAACAUGGAACCUCCUAAUAUCAUUCAAAAUACCGUCUUUGAUAAUUCACCGCAGCCCACGCGUUUCUACAACGUUGAAACGAGCAGCGUGCAAACGAGGAACGUUGAAAUAAUUAAGAGCGUGCCAGUUAUCGAUUACCUUGCCACGGUGGAGCAUCCAAUCAACACAAUUUACUCACCUAUUUUGGACGUGGAUGUUGCAAAUAGCAGCAGCAUCGCAGCGGACGACAAUGAGGAUGACGAACAUUUCGCAGCUUCCAACGUUAACACCGCUUUCCAAUCUAAUGUAAAUGACCUUAAUGUAAAUGAAGAUAGGAAGCAGGAACCUCCGAAAAAGAAAGAGGAAUUGCGAAUUCCAUUUUCCAUACAGGACUUGUUAAUGCAUAAAGGCGCACUGAUGGCGCCGAAAAAGUACGAAACCAAUAGUCAAGCAGAGAACGACAAAAAAGUGAUUAUAACACCAAGGAAACCCAAUAAAAUACAAAUCAUCAUUCCAUAUAUCACAAAUAACAGUAAACUUCAGAAAUGGAAGGAAACAGAGAAGGAUACAGUCGUUCUCAAAGAAGCGACAAAUGUUGAUCAUUUGAAGCCAUACGAAGAUACCUUUACUACAGAGACAAGCGCGGAUUUAUUGAAUACACCGACUAUAUACGAUAUACAAAAUAUCUCUCAGGAAAGUACAGAAACACCGGAAGUAAGGACAUCGAAAGAAGAAGUUUUAUAUGAAAUUAAUACUGAAAUAAAUUCCAUACAAAACGCAUUCUUUGAAUCACAGUAUUUGAGUACACAAGUAACUCCUCGUUUGGCUCCACCUAACGCGGCAUCUAAGGAAAAUGUGUACGUAGUAACACCAUUACCGAUGGAUACUUUCAAUGCAUCUUAUUUAAAUGUACCUAACGAGAAUACAUCCGUAUCGGAAAAGCGCAAUGUUUCGUUGAUCUUGAGUGAUUGGCCCCAUCUAAUAAACAAUUUGGAGACGAGUAGAAUUGAGCAUACAACGAAACCUUCGUAUUUUGGUGUACCAGCUCCAGUCUUCUUGAGCACCUAUAAAAACAAAAUAAAAACAUUCUCCGGUCAUUCGAAGGUCCUCAAUACCACGCCAGUAUUUUUCCAUAACUGAAAUGAUUUUCGAUUACGAACACAAUCUAUUUAUUCUCAC